AUGAAUGAGGAGCUGAAGCGUGGUUUAAGAUACGUGGAGCCUUUCGUUACAAUAGUCGGUGCCUGGCCGCUUGGACCCGAAUCGGCCACGUUUUUAAAGAUAUUACAACCGUUCAUAGCGCCCAUUUGCUUUUUCCUGGUGUCGUUCAGCAUCUGGCCAGGUUUUUAUUACAUAUUCUUCAAGGAAAGAGACGGCAAGAGGAGGCUGAAGAUGAUACUGCCGGUGUUCCACAGUAUGUUCCAACUGGCGCAAUACAUCGUCGUAUUGAGCAAAAUGAAGAAUAUAAGAAUGGUGUUGGACGAUAUAAGGAACGACUGGUUCGACACCACAGAAGAAAAUCGGCAGUUCUUCCGCGAGUGCACCAAGGUCGGCAACAAAAUAAUGUCCAUACUGGUCAUCGGCGUGAUGGGCGGAGGUAUCGGUUUUCGAAUUAUACUCCCACUUUUGAAGGGUAGAAUCGUUCUACCGGACAACACGACCAUAAGACUGUUACCCUGUCCGAUAUACCUUCCGUUUAUCAACGAUCAAGUAACUCCAUAUUACGAGAUAAUCUUCACGCUGCAAGCGUUGAGUGGUAUCUGCAACUAUACUAUACUCAUAAGCACCAAUGCGAUUAUUUUGAUGAUUUCCUUGCACAUGUGCGGCUUAAUAAGGAUCCUAAGGAAGAAAAUGACCGACUUCACCGAGAAAUCGAUUAUCAGCGAGAUGUCGAUCCAAAGGAACAUCGUUACCAUCGUUGAACAUCACACGAAAAUCAAAAUAUUCCUGAGUAACGGACAAACGAUCACAGAGUAUAUUUGCUUCCUUGCGCUUGCUAACAUCGUUUUUCUUAUGUGUCUGCUGGGAUACUGCGUGACACUGAGUGAUAACUUUGCCCAAACGUGUAUCACAUUGGACUGGUACAGGUUCCCGCCGAAGAAGGCCCGGUACUUGAUACCAAUAAUCAUUAUGUCAAAUUAUCCGAUCAAAUUGACGGCGCUCAAGGUAGUGGAGGUUUCUUUAUCUACUUAUACCAAUAUCGUGAAAAUGACAGUGGGAUAUAUAAAUAUGCUGCGGGAAGUUGUUUAA